CUGUCAGCAUCAAAUUUCCAUAUUCUUUCGUCAAAGGUCGCUUCUUCUCAAAUUUGUGCAGUAGUCCUGUUGAGCGCUGCAUUUGGAUAUCUGACAUGGAGAAUAUGCUGUCAUUCUGGGAUGUGGUAAUAUAUUUCUCUGCAGAGGAGAGGGAAUACCUGGGUCCUCCUCAGUGGACAUUGUACAGGGAUGUGAUGUUGGAGAAUUACAACAACCUUGUGUUUCUAGGUCUUGCUUCCUCUAAGCCAUACCUGGUCAGAUUUCUGGAGCAAAUACAAGAGCCUCUAGAUGUGAAGAGUCAAGUGGCCAUCUCUAUGUACUCAGGGGGAAAUAGCUCUACAUGCAAAGAAGUUUCUGAGAGGGAAAAAGUAUUUGGAAAUCAGCAGAUAAUUCAUUUAGGUUUGAAGCCAUAUACUUGUGAAGAGGUUGGCAAGUCCUUUUGUUUUUCAUCAUUACUUUCUGAACACAAAAGAAUCCAUACAGGAGAAAAACCCUACAAGUAUGAAACAUGUAGCAAGGUCUUCCAUGUUCCAUCAAAACUUUCUCAACACAAGAUAAUUCGCACAGGAGAAAAACCCUACAACUGUGAAGUAUGUGCCAAGGCCUUCAAAUAUCCAUCAAGACUUUCAAAACAUAAGAUAAUUCAUAAAGGGGAGAAGCCAUACAAGUGUAAAGUAUGUGGAAAGGCCUUCUUCUCUCCAUCAUCUAUUUGUCAACACGAGAGAAUUCAUACAGGAGAGUUACCCUGCAAGUGUGAUGUAUGUGGCAAGGCUUUCCAAUAUCCAUCAUUACUUUCAAAACACAAGAUAAUUCAUACAGAACAAAAACCCUACAAGUGUGAAGUAUGUGGAAAUUUCCUCCGCUCUCGAUCAUCACUUCAUGAACACAAGAGAAUGCAUGCAGGAGAGAAACCCUACAAGUGUGAAGUAUGUGGCAAGGCCUUUGAAUAUCCAUCAAGACUUUCAAAACAUAAGAAUAUUCAUACAGGAGAGACACCAUACAAGUGUAAAGUAUGUGGAAAGGCUUUCCGCUCUCCAUCAUCACUUCGUGUACACAAGGGAAUUCAUAGAGAAGAGAAACCCUACAAGUGUGAAGUAUGUGGCAAGGCCUUCCGUUAUUCAUCAGUACUUUCUGACCAUAAGAAUAUUCAUACAGGAGAGACACCAUACAAGUGUAAAGUGUGUGGAAAGGCCUUUCGCUCUCCAUCAUCACUUCGUGUACACAAAGGAACUCAUAGAGGAGGAAAACCCUACAAGUGUGAAGUAUGUGGCAAGGCCUUCCAUUAUCCAUCAAUACUUUCCAACCAUAAGAAUAUACAUACAGGAGAGACACCAUACAAGUGUAAAGUGUGUGGAAAGGCCUUCCACUCUCCAUCAUCACUUAUUCUACACAAAGGAACUCAUAAAGAAGACAAACCCUAUAAGUGUGAAGUGUGUGGCAAGGCCUUCCGUUAUCCAUCAAUACUUUCCAACCAUAAGAAAAUUCAUAGAGAACAAAAACCCUCCAAGUGUAAAGUAGGUAGAAAGGUCUUCUGGUCUCCAUCAUCACUUCCUGAGCAGAAAAGAAUUCAUACAAGAGAGAAACCCUACAACUGUGAAAUAUGUGGCAAGGCCUUCAAAUAUCCAUCAAGACUUUUAAAACAUAAGAUAAUUCAUACAAGAGAGAAACAAUACAAGUGUAAAGUGUGUGGAAAUGCCUUCUGCUCUUCAUCUUCACUUUGGCAACACAAGAGAAUUCAUACAGGAGAGUUACCCUGCAAGUGUGAUGUAUGUGGCAAGACCUUCCGCUUUCCAUCAUUACUUUUAAAACACAAGAUAAGUCAUACAGACCAAAAACCCUACAAGUGUAAAAUAUGUGGAAAUUUCCUCCGCUCUCAAUCAUCACUUCAUGAACACAAGAGAAUGCAUGCAGGGGAGAAACCCUACAAGUGUGAAAUAUGUGGCAAGGCCUUUGAAUAUCCAUCAAGACUUUCAAAACAUAAUAAUAUACAUACAGGAGAGACACCAUACAAGUGUAAAGUAUGUGGAAAGGCUUUUCGCUCUCCAUCAUCACUUCGUGUACACAAGGGAAUUCAUAGAGAAGAUAAACCCUUCAAGUGUGAAGUAUGUGGCAAGGCCUUCCGUUAUUCAUCAGUACUUUCAGACCAUAAGAAUAUUCAUACAGGAGAGACACCAUACAAGUGUAAAGUGUGUGGAAAGGCCUUCCGCACUACAUCAUCACUUCAUAUACACAAGGGAAUACAUAGAGAAGACAACCCCUAAAAGUGUGAAGUAUGUAGCAUGGCCUUACAUAAUCCAUCAGUACUUUCAGACCAUAAGAAAAUUCAUACAAGAGAGAAACCAUAAAAGUGUGAAGUAUGUGGCAGGCUUUCCAGUAUUCACCAUUACUUUCUAAACACAAGAUGAUUCAUACAGAAGAGACUCCCUACAAGUGUGAAGUAUGUGGCAAGGUCUUUACAUAUCAAAAUGCUCAACAAAUUUAGGGGUCAUCAAAGAAUUCAUUCUGGAAAGAAACCAUACAAAUGUAAAAAAUGUGACAAAUACUUUUUAAUUCCAUGGCAUAGUCUGAACACAGAAUAAUUCCUAUUGGAGAUAAACACUACGCAUGUGAAGAAUGUGGCAAACACUGUAUUACUGGUCUUUGGGUCUUAAGCAACAUCAAAGAAUUCAUCUAUGAGAGAAACCACACAGUGUGAAGAAUGUGCUAAGGUCUUUUGGACUUACAGAAACCUUGGGGAAAACCUCAUAAUUCAUACUAGACUGAAAUGUCACAAGUGUGAAAAAUAUUGCAAACCCUUUAAUAAGCAUUCUUAUAUUUCUGAAAACAAGGUAGCUUGAACUAGAGUGAAAUAGUACAAAUGUUAAAAUGUUCAAAAAAAACUUCUUCAAACCUAAAAAUUGUCAAAAGCUUCAUGCUGAACCGAAGCCCUAUAAGUUUUGGGAAUGUGGUAAAGGCUUUGGAAUCAUUCAUAAAACCAUGCCAAAAUUGGAGCUGUCAGAUUGUGUGUUUGUCCCUCUGGAUUUGGGGCUGAUUCUUUCUUACUGUCUUUUUGUUUCUUCUGUUUUAGAAUUGAAACCCUUGUUCUAUACCAGUAUGUAAAAAGAAGUCACUUGUUCUUAUGUUGUAGAAGCUCACAGUCAAGAGAUUUCCUUGAGUCUCAUUUGACACAUGGGCUGUGGUCUUUCAUAGUGUUGUAAUUGUUAAAUCCUUUGUGGACCUUUCAAGUUGUAGGCUGUUUGACUUCUGAGGUGGGGCUAAGGUUGGGGAAAGGGAAGGAAUGUUAUGAUUUAAAGCUUUGUGGCUAGAGCUAGCAUGUUGACUUUGGUAACAAACUGAAUUUCCUAUAAGCCCCACAUGCAUGUUAGUAUUCCCAGUACUCACAAAGUAGAAGUAAUUACCUCUGAAGGUUUUCCUCUGACCUCCAUGAAUAGGCUCCCACACAAACAUAAAUUUGUGUGCCCAGAAAUAAAUAAACAUAAAUUAUGCUUUUGAA